AUGAUUGAAGAAAUGAUGAAAGACUUCAACAAGAGCAUUAGCACUGGUAAAAUCUCUGAAGACUGGUUUCACAGCUGGUUGAUACCAAUCCCCAAACUAGUAAAAGACCACUCAGUUGCCGGACGAAUAUCAGCACACUUACAGAAGAAGUCCCAGUUGCCAAAUGAGCUUGGCAGCUAUAGACCCCAUCGAGAAACUGCGGUGAAUGCGGUUGUCAUGGCCUACGACAUCUAUGAAGGCUUUCAGCAGCGGAAGGAAACAGUUGUGACGACACUUGAUCUUGAGGUUGCUUACAACCGAGUCGACUAUGAAUGUUUGAUCGACCGUCUCCUGGAAUUUGAUGUAGACAUAUGGCUAAUGAGAUGGGUAGCAGCAGCCCUAGUGGAGAGAAAAAUUGCCCUGAGACAGGGUGUAUUGACUUCAAAUUCGGUAUCAAUUGCUCCAGGACUGCCAAGGACAAAUGCGUCUUUGGAGUGA